AGUUCGUUUCAGUUCUCUGUGAAUAUUCAAUGUGAUUUCCCAUUGCCGUCGUCGUCGCGAUCUUUUUCAUGAAAAUACAUACAUAUACAUACAUAUGGCUGCAGUCGCGCAUAUUUUCACUAUUUGCACACACAACACUGUAAUUUGCAACAUAACCAUUUUCCAAUCUGCAAUAUUACAGAUUAGUGCGCGGGGAAUUAUUAAUAAUUAAAUGAGUGAAGAAUCAAUUGACACACCAUCGCCAUUACACAGUGCUCAAUUAACCGUCACAAACUGAUUGUUUUGUCUUUAAAUGCAUUUAAAUUUAAAUUAAAUUGUGUGUGAUUGUGUCCAUAUUGAAUUUCUAACAUUUUAUUUCAUUUAUACUUCCUUCUUAAACGCGCCGUUUAUCUCAAUUUCUCCAGGAAAAUAGAUAAAAAAAAAAGUGAGGUUAUUUUUAAUACAUAGAGCAAAAAUAAUAAGUGCAGAGAUUGUGUUUAGUGAUUUACACAUGUAAAAUGGAUAAAAACUAUCUUCGUAGUAGCUAUGCAAAUCCCACCGACUGAUUGAAAGGAUAUUUCUAAAAAAAAACUACCUCUGAGUUAAACGAAUAACUUAAACAAAAAAAUAUAUUGAAAAAUCUAAAAAAAUCAUGCCAGUGCAACACAGAAAAUAAUGUGAGAUUACGGAGGAUAAUUGCAAAGGGAUUCUUUGUAAUCUCCUCAAUGGGCAAGAAGCUGGACGAUUGCACGGGAAGCCAUUGAAUGCCCAAGUGGACGUAAGCGAAAGAUGGUGUUGGAGCAUCAGAAUUUGCUGCCGAGUUUGCAGGGCUCUGCAGGCGGCCUUCAGCCGUCGGCGCUGCAGCUGUAUGCAGCGGCGGCGGCUCAGCUAGCGCCGCGAGCUCGUGUACCCCCAUGGGCACCAUUUUUGCAAUUCGGCGUACCCAGCAUGUUUGGGGGUCCCUUCCUCAAUCGCCCACGUUUUGGACCAGCCACCGGAAAUGGUGGUGGCUCAGGGAGUGGGGGACCCUCAGCUACGAGUCUGGGUACGCUAGGAGCGAGUGGGGGUGGUGGUUUGGCCACCAUAAAUGGGAUCAAUCAUCCUGGUGGGUUAACGCUAACGCGAACAAUGCCAGGACCGCCUAGUGAAGAUUCCAAUGAGGAUAAGGGAUCCGCCGCGGAUGGUGAUGAUGAGAGUAGUGCGUCGAAGCGACGAAGAUCGCGAACAAACUUCAAUUCUUGGCAACUUGAGGAGCUAGAACGCGCCUUCUCGGCCAGCCACUACCCGGACGUCUUUAUGAGGGAGGCGCUCGCAAUGCGAUUGGACCUCAAAGAAAGUCGAGUAGCUGUUUGGUUCCAAAAUCGUCGGGCCAAGUGGCGGAAAAAGGAGCACACGAAGAAAGGCCCUGGUCGACCUGCCCACAAUGCCCACCCGCAAUCCUGUUCAGGUGAACCAAUCCCACCGAGUGAGCUGCGCGCUAAGGAGAAAUCCCUCAAUUCUGUCAUCCAAAAUAGAGCCCGGCGGCGAAAGAAACUGGCCAAGGCGCUCGAACGGCAGGCGCGGAAGCUACGCUCAAAGGGGAUCACGGUGGACUUUGAGACACUAAAGGCUGAGUAUUUGUCGCAGCAUCGAGUGAAUUCUGACUCGGAAAUUGAUGAUGACGACACACCAAUUGAUGUGGUCGGCGGUGGAGAUUCAAGUGAUGAACCCGAAGAUUGCUCCAUCACGAGACGCCCCAGUGAUGAGGAAUGCCUUGGCGAUGAUGGUGAUGAUUCCACGCCUAAGAUGACCAUCCGGCCCAAUCCCUUUAGUAUAGAGUCCCUGCUCUACAACAAUACAUGAGACCCGUAAGUCUGCACCGCAUAUUCCCCCCUCUUUAGAAGAUGUUCGUUUUCUUUCCUUCAUUCCUCGUGAUAGCCCCCUGUUUUGUUUGUAAUUUAACUAUGCGACACUAGAGGGCAAUAUGAUGCACUGUGAGAUAUUGUACUGAUAAAAUGGCGUCCUUUAGUGUGCUGAAGUGUGGCCAUUUUGAUUUUUUUCUCGGUAUUUCGUUAUAUUUUCCUCGAAAAAUGAUCAUUUCACGUUUUCUUUGAGACUUCAAUUAGUCAUAAAUUGGAAUGAUGGCUUGUAGAGACAGUGAAAGAGAAAAAUUGAUAAGAUAAAUAAAAAUCAAUAUGUCGUCGCAUAGUUUAAGUUCCUUCAUAAACUGACUGCAACACAUUAUAAUCACAAAUUUCUCAUUUUGUACGAAAAAAAAGAAUGAAAAAAGAACAUUUAUAUAAUUUUAUAUGAUUAAAAAAACAAACAUUAACUAUUUAUUGAAUGAUACAUAAAAGCAUAAUAAGUAGAGAAAAAAUGAUUGCCAUGAAAUUAAAAAAAAUGUGAGUCUUGCUUAGAAAAACAUUGCAAUAGGAAUGGGAUGAUUGGAAAAUUUCUUUAGUUUUGCUAAAUAUAAUUAAAACAAAAAAAAAGAAGAAGCUCGAGGGACGUGGUGAAUGAACAGAGAACGAGAAAGACGAAUACCUCGGUAGAAAAAUUAUUAAUUGCCCAGACUGAAGACAUUCGAAGAACCACAAAAAAUUUUACCUGGAAAUUGGGGAGAAAUUAAUUUGCAAAAUGAAACAAACCGCACUGGAGGUUUUUAUUUGAAGUUUGCGAUAUGAAUUUGUUAAAAAUUAAUAAAUGUGGUUUAGGAUCAAUAAAAAUCAUCGAAAAGCUAUAUUUUUUCAUAUAAAAAAAAUUAGGUGGUUUGCGGAAUGUUCUAAAGCGAAAAUUAAUACCUACAUUUAUACAUUCACAAGCAGCAGAGUUUGACAAUUUUUAUGAAAAUUGUUUAAAUAAUUUGCGAGAGAAUAAUUUUCCAAAUUUUAUGAAAGAAAAUGACAUUUUAGUACUAGUUUAUUGUAUUUGAUGAUCAUUUCAUUGGAAACAUAUCGAGGAGUUUUGAUAACACUUUCACGACCCUUUUGCGACCAUUGUGUAACCAAAAACGAACCGAAACCGGGAAGAAUUCUUUAUCUUUCCUGUUUUUGAAUGAAGGCAAAGAUUUUCCCAUAUUUAGUACGCACGAUAAAAUUUGUUGGCUUUGAGUGCAUAAAAAUGGACAAAAAAAAGUUCUAAACUUUUGAGUGUUAGUACAUCUUGUACUAAAUUUCAUGAAUUUUUAUUCAAAAGUGAUUUAUUUUACACAAUUUUUUGAAGUCUUUAUGAGAAUUUCAAAAGUGAUUUAAGAAAAAUCUUUCCUUUAAAAUAAUUUUUUUAAAAACUAAAUUUUAAAUUUUAAAAUCAGUAUAAGGAGUAAAAUAUGUGCUGCUUGGGAUAUCAAAAAAUCAUUAAAAAAAUUAGAGUUUCCUUUUUCCAGGUAAAAUUCUUGUUGUAUUUUCAGUAGACAAAAAAUAUUUAUUUAUUUAAUUUGCAAAAUAAAUCAUUCCUAAUUUAGAAGAUUUUUGUUUAAAAAAAAAGAGAGAAAAGCGAAUGACUCAGUCGAAGAAUUCCGUGCCAUAGAAGAAUCCCUCACGUACGUAAAUAGAUUUGAUUUUUAAGGGAGUGCGCGACCUUUUUUCCACCCUUUAGACAUUAUUGUCUCCUACCCUUUCAAUUCCCCGCAUUCCCCAAGAAGGUAAUCCAGUGUUGAGAAACCCCCCGAAGUGUUUGCUCAAAAAUAGCAGCGAAAAAAUCAAUAUUUUAGUCAAAAUUUCUAUUAAACUAAAAGGAGAGUAAUAACACACCCAACACACCCCAUGAGAACUAAAGACAACGAUUCUGUAAUGAAACAAAAAAAAUGUGAAAGAAUGUGAAAAUGUAAUUGAACGAAUGAUUCUUCCAGAAACAACACAAAAAAAUCACAUCAACGCUAAAAUCGUAUUAAAUGUGUUAUUAAAUAAUGCAUAAAUAGACUAUUUUAGUGAACGUAUCCAGAUAUCAUUACCAUUUGCAACAAAAAAAAAUGUGCAGAAAAAAGUAGUUGAGAAUGUUUUAUGUGAGACAAAUGAAGUAAAAAUUCUUAUAGAGGACUAAACUUGUAUAUAAAUUCAUUGUAUAGCAAUAUGAUAAAAUAUAAGAAAAAUCUGAAUUUAUUUUUUCUCAUUAAUUUUAAGUAGAUUUAUCUUUCAAGAAAAAUAAAUAAUUUGCAAUAUUUCAAUGAAAGUUUUCCGUUAGAAAAUUCGCCGGAAAAAAAGAGAUUUUUGUGUGCUUUUGAAGGCUUCUGCGUUGUAGAAGUUGUUGAUCGGGAAUUUGAAUUUUAAUUGGGGGAGAGAGGCAAGAAAAGAAACAUAAAAUCUAAUAAUUUUUCAACAAUUUAAGGUAUCUGAAUAUUAGAAUAUUUUCUUAUAAAUACAUUGGACACGAAAGGGUUAAUUUAAUUCACUGAAAAAAAAUAAAAAAACAACUAAAUUCAAUUUAAUUUUAAAUAUCAAAAUAGUGCCACUUUACCUCAAUAACUUCGCUAAUAUCACCCGAAGAAUUUACCGAAGAUUAGCCGAACGAUUAACAACUGACAUCUGCGAAGCCAUUUUGAAAAUUUCCUAAAAUCUAAUAUUUAUUUUUUUGGUAAAUAUUUUUCAUUUUUAUACGUUUUAAAGGCGAAAAUGUGCAAUAUAAAAAAGUUCUUUCUUUGAUAAUCAUUUUGAUAAAAAUGAAAUUAGUUUUUUUCUUAAUAAUAAAUUCAAAUGUGAAAAUAUCUUUUUAGUAAAAGAAAAACAAAAUGAAGAAAGAAUGAUUUUAUGAAAAUGUGUAUAGAAAAGGAGAUAGAAUUAAAAGGCUUAAGGAGCAGAUUACGUUAGGUGUGAAAGUAUUGGGUGAGAAAAGAAAUUGGCAAAAGUAGAUAAUAAAUUACAAAAUAAAUAAAAAACAGUGAAGAAAAGAUGUGUAAAUAGUGAUGGCAAAAGUAUAUCAAAAAAAGGAUUGUAAAUAGAUUAUUUUUUCCAAAAUUAUAAUCGAAAAGGCAGUUUGUAUUUGGAAAGAAAAGAGCGCAAAAUUAGUAAACUGAUCAUCAUAUUGCAAGAAAUUUUUUCUUUGAAAAAUUUCUAAUUAUUUUGACAGAUAAUUUCUGACAGAUGUCAAACAAAUGUCACAACAGCAUUACUUGUCGAAGAGGAAAUGCCAAUUUUUUACCUGUUCAAUUAAUUUCAAUCACUAUAAUCACACACAAAUUUGAGGAUGAUACGGGUUUCAUUUUUCUUUUAAAAUGGAAAUGAAAAAUUUCAGAAGUCAAAACCAUCUUGAACGCACGCACCAUUCGUCUAUAGCGUAUGGAAUUUUUCGUGGAGGCGAAGAAAGCCCCCAAUUGAUUUCUUUUCUAAUAAAUUUAGAGCCUUGAAUACAUUCUUGGUGACUUCAUUAAUAAAUAAUUUACAUUAUUUUUCUAUAAUCUCUCUGAUUCCCCCGGUGAAAGAAGAAAAAGAACGCGCGUUGUUUAGUGCUAUGGAUGAGGAGUGAAAAAAAAUGUGAAAAAUGUCAUAUCAUAAAGUCAAUAAGAUAAUUUACAGAAGAACAAGAGAUUAUAAGAAGAAGAAAAAAAACGGAGAAAGAAGCUUUGGAACACACUGAAGAGAAAAAGAAUAUCUUAUAUAUCUAAAAAAAAGCCAUGAUCGAGAUGAUGGAGAUUGUGUUAAGAACAUCAUUAUGUGACACAAUAGAUGGAACACAUAUUCAUAUGUAAAUUGCCAAAAAAAUGAAGAUGAAAAAAGUGAAAGAGAAGAUGAAUAUUAUAAAUAAUAUACAUAUUUAUUCAAAAAUUAA